GUAUUGUUUUGGGGGUUGGUUUUAACUAGACAUGGAUCUAGUUUGGGUGUUGAUUUUGAUUGGACAUGGGUCUUGUUUGGGUGUUGAUUUUGAUUGGACAUGGGCCUCGUUCGAGUUUUUAUUUUGUCGAGCGGAUCUGGCAACCCUGCCUGGGAUCUUCCACCAUCCAUUUACAUGCAGGGAGCGCACGAGACGUGCAGAGGCCCGUUAUUAUUAGUUUCUUCACCAUGGCCGACGUUCCAGCGUUAAUUAACAUCUGCGUGUCGUUAAAGAUCCAGCCGAACGAUGGCCCGGUGUUCUUUAAAGCGGACGGGUCCCGGUUCGGACAGACGCGGACUAUAAAACUGCUGACGGGCUCCAAAUAUAAAAUCGAGGUGGUGUUAAAACCGGGGAACGCCGAGCCCCUCACUAUGGGAAUCGGCGGAAAAACCUUUGAUCUGGAGCAGCAGUCUAAAGAUGAUGAGUCUGCCGUAUAUCACGGCUUUUACGACACUGAGGGUGUUCCUCACACCAAAAGCGGGGACAGACAACCCGUGCAGGUUACCAUACAGUUCAAGGAGGUGGGUGUGUUCGAGACGGUGUGGCAGGUGAAGUACUACAACUACUACAAGCGUGAGCACUGCCAGUUCGGCAACAAGUUCAGCUGCAUCGAGUACGAGGUGAAGCCCAACGAGACGCGCAGCCUCAUGUGGAUCAACAAGGAGCUCUUCCAGUAAAACACACUCGCCGUGGCGUUAACCGGUUCGAGCACAGCGCGGCGGCACUGCGACUUGUGAACAGUAACCAUCAUUGAGCAGAUUGUGUACUGUGUAAUUAUGGAUUCAAGACGUUGAGUACCUGUCAGCCUGGCUGACUCUCUUCUACUUCUGUUCUGUGAGCCAUGCUAGCAAACAGGACAGAACCUGGGGAGAUCGAUACUAUCUUUCUUUUCUUAUUAUUCUUUUGUGCAUGUAAGCUUUUACACAUAUCUUUUUUGAGUCAGGUCUUACAGGUUGUUGUUUUGGUUUUUUUUUGGUCCAUGUUCUGCGUUUACACAUAUCAACGCUAGUUAGUCGUUAGUGACACUCGGAUCCUUCCUAUUAGUACUGACGUAAUGUAGAACCACAAUCCAGCGAUUCCUUAUACCUUGUGAAAUGUACGGGCAUUACGGCAGAAAUCGCUUCCAGGUAGAUAGUCAUGGCAGGUUUAUUUAAAAUGACAAGCAUGUCUCAGGAGCAAAUCAAGACCUUUCUCCAGGUAGGUUGUUCAGUGGGUUACACUCGGUCAUUUCACACACCUUGACUUAUCCGGACUGAGAUUUUUAAAAGCCAACAUUGGUAUUCACGGAGUCUGUGCAUCACCAGUUUGGAAGGAGUUUUCCCAGUUUUUUUCAACCUUGAGCGUGUGUUCCCAUUGUAGCAUCAGGUUCCCGUUCUCGGCUGACAGGAGUGAAACCCGACGUCGUCUUCUCCUGUUAUAGUCCGUCUGCAUGAAGGUUUCACCAACUGUCCUUUCUUAGACGCGUCCUUUCCUGCUCGCCACAGCCGUAGAGAGCGGUUAUUCGAGUUCCCGUCAGCUUCAAGCAGCAGAACUGGAUGUUUUUUUUGUUUUUCGCACCAUUCCGUUCUGCAUGAAAACCCCAGGAGAUCAGCGCCAACAACCAUGCUGUGUACAAAGUCUCUGAGAUCACCGAUGCCCGAUGCGAACAUUAUCUGACGCUCUUAACUUGUAUGUGUAUGAUUUAACGUCUGAUUGGCUGACUGGGUACGCCUGGAUUUACACCAGCGUAAACGAAUCUGUUUCUCCAAGCCACAGUUGACAACCAAACCCUCUCCAAAUACGUGAUGCCCAUGCUCUGUGAAGCGAUUUAAAAUGUCAUGAGCUGAUGUGCAUAUUAAUAUCUGGCUACGAGUGUCGAUGCACACGGUUCAAAUCUUAUCAUUAAGCAAUGGCUUAGAACACAAAUGCAAGAGGUGUGAAAUGUCCCGGCGUGAAACGCGAGUGAAUAUCAGUUCGGUUAAGAAACACAGGAUGGGUUACUGAUUCUGAACACUGAUAUACUGUACAAUAUCUGCCCCGUUACGGUUACACACAAUUUCACUGAUAUGCCAUGCAGUUACUCGAGUAUUCUCGCUGAAAUAAAACAGAGCAGGGGUCAGUAAUUCUUGCUCAAAAAGG